AUGGCGCCCAGCAGCCCUGUCGUCCAGCAGAAUGGCGCCACAAAGGCCAAGCGCCCCGUCCCGCCGGGCAUCCAGACAAACGGCGCCAUGCCGUCGACGUCGUCGCCGUCUCCGUCCAUGUCCGCCAAGAAGCCGCCCCCCAGCGCAAAGCACACGCCCACCUCGGCCGGCGACCGCACCAUCACCGCCUCGACCGUCCGUCCCGUCAACAGAGCCCGUCGCGAGGCCUCUUCCCAGGCGCAAGGCAGAAUCUCGAGAAACAGCGCCGGUAUCCGUGCCGCCUCCUUCUCCGCAGACAUCCCCCCCCAGUACUCGGAGCCUCUACCAUACGUUGUCCCCGACGCAUAUAUCCUGAAAAAGUAUGCCGGUCGCCCCCCGUCGCUGGUCCUCCACCUGCACCCGACCCAUUUUCGCUUCGACGGCCAAGACGGCAUGUUUCCCUACAAGUCCCCGAUGCGUGUAUUUCUCGAACACUUGCGAGCGCGCACCGUUCCCCACGACCUCUUGGACCACUUCAACCAGGCCGGCGUGCAAUUCUACGACGGUCGCCUGAUUGUCCAAGUCCUUGACCACAAGUCGCUGGUCCAGACCAAGGAUGUCGCAAAAUCCUCCCCAGCUUCAACGAGCACCGUUUUGCCGUCGUCGGUCCACAACUACAACCAGUGCCUCACGCCGUCGCCUUUCGUCCCCUUCCCAAAGGAAGACCACAGCGCCGUCGAUGGAACCCCCCGAAAGGAGCCUGGCGCAAAAGAAAAGGAGGAGUGUCAAAAGGACCGGGGAAACGUGCCCGCUUCGGCGCCCACCGAACCCGGUUCCAAGCCCAAGGUCGCCUCGAGACCGAAGAUAACCACGGUAGUAUUGCAUCCCACUCAAGAAAGCCUGCAAGCAGACUUGCGCAUCAAGGCCGCGACGCCGAGAGGAUUCGGCGAUGGGCGUUUCGAUGCAGCGGCCGCGGCGCAACCGUCGACACCCAUGUCCCUGGUACCUCCGACACCAACGGCGUCGAAUAUGCCCCCCCCCGCAAAACGCCCUAAGAAAGAGAGGAUGGAACUGGACGCGAGCAACAUCUACGCCGCCGAGGGGCAGAUUCUACUGGCCACGGCGCCGCCGCUCAUGCUAGAGCCAACGAGAAACGCAGAGGAGACCAUUGCUCUGCUCGAAGCCAUGGUCCAUCCCAAGCAUUCCGAGCCGCCGCCGCAACCAAAGACUAGAAAGAGAACGGUUGCCGAGAUGGCCGCCGACGAAGCUGCCGCCGCCGACCAGGAGCGUUAUAUGCUCGUCCUGGACGAGAGGUUGUAUUCGAGCGCGACGGGCACCCAGGGCUCAGGCGGCACAGACGGGGAUGCCCAAACAGGCGCGGCCACCUUUGAGCCCAGAUUCGAGCGGUUCAAGGUCAUCGAGGACAUCAAAAGAGAGCAGGCAGAGAAGAAGGAACAGGAGAGGAUCAAGCAGCAGGAGAACGACCGCAGAAUGCAGCUCCAGAGACAGCAGGAGAUGGUUCAGAGGCAGCAGGCCGAGGCAGAAAAGGCUCGGCGCGAGGCUGCUGCCGCCCGAGAGAACCAGCUACGGCAAGCAGAGGCACAACGGCAGUCCAUGGCAGCUCGUGCGACGUCGAACAAUGCAGCGGCACAGAACAACGGGGGACAAAACGUGGGCCAGCCGCAGCAUGCGCAUCCCACUCAGAGUGGAGCAGUCCCGAGCGGGCCGCCCAACGGCGUCACCGGUGCCGGGCAAAACGCGAUGCCAAACGGGAUGCAAGGCCAAGCGCAGCCGCGAUUCCAGGCUCAAAUGUCUCAACCUCCGGCCUCGUCCCCUGUUAUCCGGCAAGCAACACCGCAGCAGCAGCAGCCGAACAUGUCUUCCCCCAUGGUCGCCAGUGUUCCCAUGCAGCAGACCAACUCGAGCAUGGCAGCCAGCCCCCCUCGGCCCUCGGGCAGCCAGCAAAGUCAUCCGUCCAACACUCCCCGUAUGCCCCACUCGACACCAAACAUGGCUCACGGAACACCCAUCAAUAGACCGGCCAUGGUUGCGACUCCGCGCAUGAGCCAGGCAAGCCCGCCUCCCAACAUGAUGGCUCAAAACUCGCAAAUGGGCCAGGCCAUGAUGAUGAACAACCAAGGGAUAAAUCCCCACAACAACCAGGUCUUUGCCCAUAUGGCAGCGCAGCAGCGCGCGAUUGCGCAGCAGCAACAUCAGCAGCAGCAGCAGCAGCAGCAGCAACAGAUGGCUGCGAUGCAAAAUGGUGGCGCAAACCCCGCGAUGAACGGCCAGGGAAUGUCGCCGCAGCAGCAGCAGCAGAUGAUGCAGAUGAUGCAGCGCCAGAUGAUGUUGCAGCAGCAGCAGCAACAUCAUCAGCAGCAGCAGCAGCCGCAGCCGCAGCCGCAGCAAGGUGGCAUGAUGACGCCCCAGCAGCAACAGCAAUUUGCUCAGUACGCACAGCAACUUCAAAACAUGCAAGGAAAUCAGCUGCGGCAAAUGAGUCCUCAGAUGCAGGCGCAGUUGCAGCAGAUGGCGCGGAUGGGUCAAAUGGGCAACCCAAUGCAGAGGCAGCAGCAGCAGCAGCAGCAUCAACAGCUUCAGCAGCAACAGCAGCAUCAGCAACAGCAGCAGCACCAGCAACAACAGCAUCAACAACAGCCGCAGCCGGGCCAGCCUCCUCAAAUGGGCGCAAACCCGAUCCAAGUUCAAAUGCAAAAUAAUGCUCGGCAGAUAUACUCGAGGCUCAUGCAAGGCGCUGUUGCAAAGUUUGGCGCGCCCGACCGUGUUCCCCAGGAGGCCAUUGAGAAGAUGAAGCAGACGUCUUAUGCGCAAGCCCAGCAGCUUCUUCAGCAAACCAUGGCGCAAAGGCGAGCACAGCAGCAAAUGAUGUUGCAGCAACAGGCGCAGCAGCAGCAGCAGCAGCAACAACAACAACAACAAGCUGCUGCCAUGCAAGGUAUGGGCGGCAUGAUGGGGCAUCAGGGGUUGUAG